CUGGAUGAGAGUUUUCGGAUUGUCCAUUGUGCUUCUAUAGGCAGUUGCUUCCAAGCUUGUAGAGUGGUAUGCAUGGUUGGUUCGACCUUCAUUUUGUCCUCGCAACAACCCUGUGAGGUUGUUGCUGUUUAUGGAACACUAUCCGACCUGCUCUCUGUUGCUAGCAGUAAGCUUGGAAUAAAAGCAACCAGUGUGUACAAUGGGAAAGGGGGCCUCAUUGAUGACAUUGCUUUGAUCAGGGACGAUGAUGUUCUGUUUGUAUGUGAGGGGGAACCAUUUGUUGAUCCUCAGACAGAUGUAAACCCUCCCGAAGCAUUAACAGGGUCUCACUCAGACUGGAUAACACUCAAUGUCGGAGGACGCUUCUUCACAACCACUCGGAGCACUUUAGUUAGCAAAGAACCAGACAGCAUGCUGGCUCGCAUGUUUAAAGACAAAGAUGCCUGGGGGAACAAAAGAGAUCACAGGGGGGCCUUCCUAAUUGACCGUAGCCCUGAAUACUUUGAGCCAAUUUUGAACUAUUUGCGUCAUGGACAACUCAUUGUGAAUGAUGGCAUCAAUUUGCUGGGAGUCCUGGAGGAAGCCCGAUUCUUUGGGAUGGACUCGCUAAUUGAACACUUAGAAGUAGCUAUUAAGAACUCACAGCCAGCAGAAGAUCAUUCUCCAAUCUCCCGAAAGGAAUUUGUGAGAUUCCUUCUUGCAACCUCAACCAAAUCUGAGCUUCGCUGUCAAGGCUUAAAUUUCAGCGGAGCAGAUCUCUCUCGUUUAGAUCUCAGAUACAUAAACUUCAAGAUGGCCAACUUGAGCCGGUGCAACCUAGCACACGCUAACCUGUGCUGUGCUAACCUUGAACGAGCAGACUUGUCCGGAUCUGUUCUGGAUUGCGCUAACCUCCAAGGAGUUAAGAUGCUUUGUUCUAAUGCAGAGGGGGCAUCGUUGAAAGGAUGCAAUUUUGAAGAUCCCUCUGGCCUUAAAGCUAACUUGGAAGGUGCUAACUUGAAAGGUGUUGACAUGGAAGGGAGCCAGAUGACUGGGAUUAAUUUGCGUGUUGCAACUUUGAAAAAUGCAAAGUUGAAAAACUGCAACCUUAGAGGAGCAACUCUGGCCGGGACAGACUUAGAGAACUGUGACCUGUCGGGCUGUGACCUACAAGAAGCCAACCUGAGAGGUUCCAAUGUGAAAGGGGCCAUCUUUGAAGAGAUGCUAACACCUUUGCACAUGUCUCAGAGCGUCAGAUAAGCUGCCAAGUGGUCUGGGAACGUUGCUGCAGCAUUUAAUUUUCUUUCUCCACCCUUUAUCCAUAAAGUCGGAGUGAGUGACCUUUCCAACGUAACUUGAGUUUCUCAGCAGUGCCUCAGGAACUGCCUCAGAUCACGUAGCUGUGGGCACGUCCCUUUUUUUAGGUACAGGAACCGCUGCAACCUUCUUGAAUGGAAUUGUGAAAGCCGGUCAGCUUCUGAAGCUGUGAACUGGCUGUUCGCUUGGUGUGCGUCGGCAGCUCUCCGUCACCUCAUCCUUGAAUACAUCUUGGGAUUUUUAAUUUAUAAAAGCACAAUAUAUGCAAUUUAUAUUUAUUAAAACUGUAUUUGCAGUGCAGACCUCUUGAGAUGGGUAAGCCCCUAUUCGGUAGCAAAAAUUCAAGCUCAUAGCAGAUAUCUGCAUACUGUUUUGUUCAUUUUGGCCUGUUGAAGGACAGGGGUGUGUUUGUAGAGUGAGGAUGGCAACGGGGAACACAGUUCAUGUGUGCUGUGUGCCUCCAUCACAGCAGCCAGGCACUUAGGCCCUUUAUUAUCCUCUCCAUAAAUAACCCAGAGGUACAUUUCUUGCUGGCAUAUGAAUGGGUCUAAAUGUUUGCUCCGACCCUGAGAAAUAGAUGCUUCUGUUAUCUGAUAUAGACCCAUUUAUUUCAUACAGAGCUUCACUUUUUGCCUUGGCUGCUAGAAAAUUACAAUCCAAACACACCACCAAAAACCCAAACUAGAUUAUAAAAAUGUUACAAACUGAAUGCUAUUUAUCAUUUGUUAGUGUGUUUUAUAAUAUAAUUUCUUUGGAUAUUUUAUACAACCUAUAUGAUUUGUACUUUCUAUAUUUAACUUUUAUAUUUAUUUUGUUACAGUUUGUAUUUUAUCUAUUUUGACAUUGCGACAGCCUUCGACCAUAUACAGUACAAUUCCGAUUAAAAUACGGGUGUGAAUACCUCCAAAUAAGGGGUGAUCACUAACCUUGGCUCUAUAAGUGGAUGCUGGUGUGGGCUUAGACAAUGAAAAUUCUACAACUGCUGUAUAUACUUCAGCCAGUUGAGUUAGUUUAUGUCAGGGGUCUGCAACCUGCGGCUCUCCAGAUGGAGACUACAAUUCCCAUCAGCCCAAUUGGCCAUGCUGGCAGUGGCUGAUGGGAAUUGUAGUCCAUGAACAUCUGGAGAGCCGCAUGUUGCAGACCCCUGGUUUAUGUGAAUAUGGGUUCAUGAAUGCAUGGGAUGUAUCUGGAGUGCUACAAGUGCACCCAUAUAUUACCACGAGCAUUAGGAAAAAUGCAGUCAGCCCAGCUCCCCCGCCCUUGCUCUGGUCACAAGUGACCAGGUCCCUUUUACAUGGAAGUGGAUCAUCUGCUAAGAAAUGCACAGCCGAUCUAGCUGUGCUGAAUGUCUUAACAUAUAUUUGGAACUGAUCCCAAACCUUUUCCAAAUGUGAGGCUCUCUAGUUUCAGCUGUUAAACCAGAGUGGGUGGUUGGACUACAUUCCUCAAAAUCAGGAGUUUGUGAUUUCAUGAGAAACUUGGGUCGUGCAAAAAGUCAGUGUCUGUUUCCUUCCAAAAAAAAUGUCCUAGGGUUGCUGGGCAUCAUGCAUGUAGUUCUGGGGUUCAAGGCAAUCCCAUUUUUUAGUCGAGGCACCUCACACUUAUCCUUGCAGCAGGAAUUCUGGAAACGCUGGCUUCGAUGAUGUUACGGGAAGGGAAGAAGCAAGGGAAGGUGCAGUUCAAUCAUUGCUGCUGUGUUCAAGGUACUUCUGCCGGAGCGCGUAAGGGCUCUCGCAUCUCAAGAAACCAGCUAGUCUAUUUUUCUUUGUCUUAUUUUUUUAGCAGAUAGGAGCUAAAUAUUGUAUCAGAGAAUUCUAUUUUCUUAAGCUGCAUAUAUAAUUUAUUUGUAAAGAAGCUGUUCUGCUGAGAGGAGGCCUCUUGCGUAAUCACAGCAUUGUUCAAUUGCUAAAAGGAAAGGAUGGGCCCAGCAGGCCUUGUCAAGGGACAGAUCACACGCUGUUACGCAACCACAUCAAUAAUAAAAUAUAUCCAAUGUUUACACAAAA